AUGGCUGCUUCUAUGACCGCUUCCGGGUCUCUCGCCGCUCGCGAUGAGCUGCAGCUCCAGGGCGACGAUGACAUCCUCUACAUCAGGAGCAAGUUGUACCCCAAGCAGACGUGGUACUGUAUCGCCUGCUUCGUCGCAACCGUCUCAUUCUUCCAAUUCGGAUCGUGGGUGGCCCUCAAGCUCGUGCGUGUCGAUAUUCACCGCUAUUGGCAGCCGCUUUUAACGUCAUUUUCAGCGACCAAUCUUGAGGGCGGUAAACUCGACUUGCAAUAUUGGAAACUCAGGGCAGGGGACAUCGCUACGGCUCAAUUGCCUCUGGUCACGGUGACUGGCACCAAGAACAACGUACUGGCCUACCUCGUUGGCAUCCCCGAGGACAAGCUAAAUUACAUUCAUCGUAUGACUGCCCGAGUGGUAUUCGUGCUUCUUUGGGUGCAUAGUGGAGGCGAAUUUGGGCGAGAGGUCAAGGCACUUAUGAGAUUAUUUGUUUGCAGACUCCCUUGGAAAGUUUGGUCCGAUUAUUGCUGGUAUUUCAUCCCGAUGGGUCUGCUCGGCAUGGUAGCUUUCAGUCUCGUGUGCUUGGUGUCCUUGCGGCCGAUCCGAUCCAAGGCAUACGAGCUCUUCUUCGUCAUACAUUUCUUCGGUGUCCUGGUCUUCCUCCUUGGCGGCUACUACCACGCAAAGAUCCCGCAAUCGGGCUCGUACGUCUGGCCCUGCUUCCUCAUCUGGGCGCUCGACCGCUUCAUCCGCUUCGUGCGCGUCGUCGUGUAUAACCACGGUUACUUCUGGCCGUUCGGCCGCCGCGAGGCCUUCCACGCGUCCGUCGAGCUACUCUCGCCCAAGUUUAUCCGCCUGCGCAUCGCGCGCCCGCGGCACCUCCGCUGGCGCCCCGGCCAGCUCGUGUACCUCAUCCUGCCCGGCGUGUCGCGGCUGCCCACGGAGGCACACCCGUUCACGAUCGCGAGCGUCGACACGCCCGUCACGGAGGUUGCGGGCGUGUCCGGAGAUCUCGAGAAGGAGAAGGCGCAGGCGCAGGCUGCGGUUGUGUCCGAGCCGUAUUGGCGCGAGAUGGUCUUCCUCGUCGACGUCCGCGAGGGCAUCACGAAGCGCCUGGUUAAGUAUGCGCGCGAGGGGCGGAAGGUGGCUGCGCUCAUCGAUGGACCCUACGGUCUGAUUCCGGACCUCAAGGACGACGACGAGGUCGUGUUCGUGGCGGGUGGGUCGGGAGUCACGUUCACGCUUCCGACGUUCAUGGGCGCCAUCACUGAUGUCCGCGCCGGUAAGAGUAUCACACGCAAGAUUGUCUGGAUCUGGGCCAUCCGCGAUUUGAGCUACAUCGACUGGGUGUCGAAGGCGCUACAGGAGGCUUUGGAGCUCGCACCGCCGGAUCUCAGCAUCAGCAUCCGCAUCUACGUCACCUCGGGUGAGCUGCCCGUGUCACACCAAAAGUUCGACUCCGAGUCGGUCCACAACGGUGACUCGGACUCGGAUACGAAGAGCUCCGCGGUGACCUCGCUGCUAGACUUGUCUGCGGUGCAGCUGUGCUCGGGCCGGCCGGAUUUGCAUAUACUACUUCGCGACGAGGUGGCCACCGCGUCUGGACGCCUCUCUGUCUCAGUGUGUGGCUCUGCGGCAAUUGCUCAAACAUGCCGCUCUGCGCUCAACUUUCCUGUCGGCGGCCCUUCCGUCUCCUUAAAGGGCGGUCCGAAUGUGAUCCUGCAUGUUGACUCGUUUAGUUAUGCAUAGCCUUGCUGCAGUUACGCCUUUGUCCAUGUGUUCUGUGAACGGCGUAUGUGGCGUCUGGUCUAUUGUAUGAACGACUUCACGAACCCCUAUGGAAUGUCUUUGUAGCCAAUUGUA